AUGGGGUCGAAAAAGCCUGGCCGAAUAAGCCUGAAAUCGGGGCUGAAUGGACCUGAAAAAAAACGGGACCGAAAGAGCUUGGGGCCGAAAGAGCCGCCAUCCAUUUCUAAACAACUCAUUGCGCAGGUGCGGGAAAAAAGUGGUCGACCAUCUAAUUCUUGGCUCACAGGCACUACCUCAUGUCUCAGUCAGCAUUCUCUCUACAAUCCUGAUAAUUACCGAGACAAGAAGCAAAAACGCUAUGCCAAGUCUAUGACAGAUCUUGCCAACAAUCUAGAGGUGCUAAAGAGUGAAGUUGAUCAAACAUUAACUAAGGGGGUAACAUUCCAUGAGCAAGAGAAUAUUGACAAGGAAAUCGAACAAGAGAAGGCAUAUCAACGAAAAUUGAGAACAGAAAUAAGUGCAGAACAGUUUGCCCAGCCUGUUAAAGGUGAAACAUUGAGAACAGAGCUUGAUGAAGAUGAACUUCUGAAACUAUAUGAAGAGCGAGUCAAAGAGCUUGAGCUGUCUGGUAAGCCAAAGUCACCAAAAGAGUCGCAAUGGUAUGUUAAUCCUUCUCACAUUCAGAGCACUUCAGAGGCACCGACAUUGCAGAGCAUAGGUAGAUCAUACCGCUACGGCAAAAGUAGCGAAAAAGAAAGGUCCGAAAAGGAUGAAAAUGCAUUCAAGUACUUCCCAAAUACCUUCGGGUCCUCAUACGAGAUGUGUGCUCUAGAUUAUCCGGCGUCUGCACAUAUGGACAGCUCUGCCCCGCCAUCAAUGAGAACUUCAAGGUCAAAGUCAGCAUCUCGACUGACUCAAUCUUACACUUUUAGAACUCCUGACAGAAGUUUUAAGGAUCACCAGGCUCUUGAUAAAAUGUACCUGAUGACAAGCGAAGCUCCUGUAACAAGCCAGUCGUCUGUGUACCUGUCCUCCCCACAUCAGCUCAUCCUGGGCAAGCUGCGCUUGGAAAGGCUAAGACUCGAAGAGGCAAAGCUGCUUGAACUCAAACGCUUGGAGGAGCUGGAGAGAAUACGAGGACCAAGGCCAAAAUGGUACAUGUCCAAGGGUCCAGACUUCCACUACGAGGCACAGAAGAAUACGCAACUAGUUCGCUCACAGUCCGAGUUUCAGGACCUGUUGGAUUAUCGUGAGGAUCUGCUACGCUCCAGCUACGAGAAUCUGAAGAAAUAUACUCGCCAGCCCAUAGCUGCUUAAAGCUAGGCCUCCAGUUACCUAUUAUUCUCUUAUGAACACACUGAAAAGAUGAGUUUUAA